UUGAAUAACAUUUCUAGAUUUUUGGUAAAAUUAUUAUUUCAGAGAAAUUUAGCAAUACAUGCAAACUACAGGACUUCCCUUCGAUAUUCCAUAGAGGUCGCGAUUUCAAUCUCGGUCCAGAGUCUCAGUCCAAAAGGUGUUUAUAAGUAAUCACUAAAUCAUACAUACAGUAUCUGAAAACCUUGGUUUAUUUGGUCGUGUUAUUUGUUAGUUUAAGCCUACUGUACUUUAGAGAUCAUUUGGAACACAAAUCACAAUACCCUUCGGUUAUGAAAGACCAGAGAUCCCUUAAUGGAACCAUAACUUCCAAGUGUUACUAUUAAAAAAGGGUGAUUAAACUGACAUCAAGAGACUAACUGUGGUGGUGCUCUCAAGGACCAGUAAUGGAGACCUUUUUUCGAUUAUGAAAAGUAACUUUAAAGUAGCAUAACAACCAGUUAAAACAAUUACUUGUUAACAGAGUUAAAACAGAGCUAUUCUACUGUAAUCGUUACAAUCUGAACCGCAGCAGUUGCCAUAUAUCAUAAGCAGUCUUUCGUUGAAAAUAAAAGGUAAUCCCUUUUGUACGCAGGCGUCAUGAAUGAAGUUACUCGUCCAUCACUUGGAGGAGGGGUUUUCUGCUUAUAAAGUACGAAGAAAAAAUUCGUUUAACCUAAUCCGUUGGAUAGGUGUCGGUAACCACAUCUCUUUUAUCCUUAGUAUCUAAAACAACGGUCUCUCUCCUGAAGUUCAGUGUUUUAUAUACUUGUUGAUUUCCUUUCCGAGUUUUUUUUUCAACUUUUGUAAUCACCAUGGACAGCACCUUUGAUAACCUGGACGCAGUUGGUUUUCUGAAAAUCUGGCAGCACUUUGACGCUGAUGAUAACGGCUAUAUUGAGGGAAAAGAACUCGAUGAUUUUUUUCGCUAUAUGAUGAAACAACUAGGUGCCGGGAAUAAAAUAACAGAAGAGAAGGUCCAGCGAUUAAAAGAGAGAUUUAUGUCAGCCUAUGAUGCUACUGCUGAUGGACGCCUACAGAUCCAAGAGCUGGCCAAUAUGAUGCUCCCUGAAGAUGAGAACUUCCUACUGCUCUUCCGCAGAGAGACUCCACUGGACAACAGCGUGGAGUUCAUGCAGAUCUGGCGCAAAUAUGAUGCUGAUAGCAGUGGAUUUAUUUCAGCCGUAGAGCUUAAGAGCUUCCUGAAGGACCUGUUUCAGAAACACAAGAAGGUCAUUUCCCCUGAGAAACUGGAUGAAUACACAGAUGCAAUGAUGAAUAUAUUUGACAAAAAUAAAGAUGGACGUCUGGACUUAAAUGAUUUAGCAAGAAUCCUGGCUCUGCAGGAAAACUUCCUCCUACAAUUUAAGAUGGAUGCUUGCAGUCAGGAAGAUAGAAAAAGGGAUUUUGAAAAGAUAUUUGCUCACUAUGAUGUUAGUAAGACAGGAGCAUUAGAAGGGCCAGAAGUUGAUGGUUUUGUCAAAGACAUGAUGGAAUUAGUUAAGCCUAGCAUCAGUGGUAUUGACUUGGACAAGUUCCGCCAAAUUCUGCUGCAUCAUUGUGAUGUGAACAAAGAUGGUAAAAUUCAGAAGAACGAACUAGCGCUAUGUCUGGGAUUGAAAGUAAACCCCUAAUUUACUAAUGAGCAAGAAGCAAUACUAUUGUGAUUAGCCUGCAAAGCAAUGAUAAGCUAUAACAUGAGCUUUGGACCUAUUGGCAUGAUGUAGCUUUUAGAUUCUGAAGAGUAUUGCAUUAGGAGUGGAAGCUGGAGUAUGUGAUGGUAUAUGAACAACCAGUAUGCACUCUUCUAUUCAUUGCACAAAUGCUUGUGGAUUGUGUCAUUGUGGGUAUGUACUGUAAUAUUGUUGCUGAUAUUUAUGUCUUGAAUUCCCAUAGUAGUAAUUCAGUAGCAGAACAAAAGGAUGCUUAUAUGGUCAGUACAGGUAAACCAAUUGCUUCUAUAUUGUGGUUGGCAAAGUAUUGUCACCAGUGAGAGAGUCAAAAGAAAGGCAACACUGAUUAAACGUGAACUUUCUUUUUUUAAUAUUACAAACAUUAGAUUUAUGAAUGUUGUGAUAUUUCUUGUGCUUUGCUUCUGCUUGAUUGUAGCAUUUUGCAUGCGAAACCAACCAAGUGUUUUCUAUCUUGACAAUCAAAUAAACCAUAUUAGUGAUGAAA